GCUAUAUACAAACAACAUGGUGGAUCAGCUGUUUUCAUUUUUCGAAAAUUGGGGAUUAUUUUCGUGAAAAACGUAUUGUAAUGGUACAAUAGCCAUGUGUGAAUUAAAAUGGGUUCAAUCGCAUCUGUGCUACAAUGGCACUGUCAGGUGUGUGGCCAAAUCAACCCAACGGAGAGUGUAAAGUGUUUAAAAUGCGAAACGAAAAGAAUUUCGAGUCAUGACGGCGGAUCCUCCAGGGAAAACUGUAGAGAUUCAUCGUCUGAAUACACUUCGCGUACGGGAAGAAGCGAGGGCACCACGCCAGGGUCGGAAGCCAUCGUCAUACCGACCGAAAACUCAUUCUAUAGUGGAUGGUCGUGCGUGGGGUCUGCACCGGAGGCGUCGAGAGCGUGGCGCUGUGGGUGCGGACUACGCAACGUAUCAGCUGCUUGGCGCUGUGCAGCUUGUGACACUCUCGCUCCCCACGCACCUGUAUACAGGCUCUCUGAUGACGAGGAUCAAGGUCCAGGGAUGACAGACAAGAAUAAAUCAGGUGAAGACAACACUAUGAUAAGGUCCAACACCCUAGCUGUACCAGCAUACAGACCCGCUUCGAGUCACCCUGACAGCCGAAGACUUAACCUCGACCUCCAGUCCCUCAGGCUAUCGCCAACACAGCUAACAGACCAAGCUCAUGGUGUCUCCAGGUCCCUUUCCCACGGCUCUGUGAUAAACUCUCAUAAGUGGUGGAACUUGGAUGAGAACAGGAGUACCAUCAAUAGGCCGACAAGCUUAAUGCUCUCAGAAAGAUAUUCGAAUACUGCCCAGCACUACCCUAGAGAGUCGUUUUUAAGGAGCCUCCAUACUGUUACGAGAAAACCUAAAAAAUGCAAUGAGACAAAAUCGAAUUGGGAAUUGAAUUACGUGAAGGAAUAUCAAAGGGAGCAGAGCAGGGGCUUGCAUUUAAAGAAGUGGUCUUGCAGCAAAUGUACUCUUGAGAAUUCUGGAAUAAGAACGCACUGUGAAGCUUGCAUGUCUCCGAGAGUAUACGCACAAGCAAGAAUUCCUAAUUCCCGAGGCUUGAGCGUGACCACUUUAGGUCGCCACGAAACCUUGGGCAGGGAAGGAGCCACAUCGCUUCCGUCGUCAGGUGGAGUUAUGAUAACAGUUCCCGAUUGGCCGCAAACAGAAACCUCUGCGUUAGGCUCGUCGUUGCGUCGUUCGAUCAGCGCCCAGAAUUCACCAGAAAUCCGGCCCACGUACCGGCGGUCCUUCUCCGAACAGACGAACGCAGAACGACCCACAGGCAAAGUCAUAUCGAGCAGACGAAGCUUGAACGAUUACCACAAGUCGCUGGCGAAUUACUGCGGCAGUCUCGGCAAGACUGAGAACCGGAACGAAUUGGCCGAGUCCAGAAUCGAAGAGGACAAUCUGGAGCUGAUCGACAAGGAAGUCAGCUGGGAUACGAAUGCUGAAGGCGUUAUUUACGCAUUACCGAACAAAGGUAAAUACAAAGACCUGAAUCUUCAGCUGCAAGUCAACAACAACGGGACCAGGUACUCGUACGUUUCCGUUCAGGAUACAAGAAACGUGAUGAGCAAUUCCCAGAACGAGGCUCUCUACUCUAACGACAUAGGAGACGGAGAUUACGCGAGGAUUGAUGAGCUCUUGGGUGCCGAGAAUUGCAUAUCGCCCGACACGGCCAGUAACAUCAGGACCUCGCAUAUCUGCGGGGCUGGGAAGGAGCGUCCCGGGAGCCCUAAGUUUAACAUGCUGCCCUCUGUGGGGAAAGUCUCUCAUAACCCUCGGGAGGUCAACAAAGAGACACAGCAGACCAAUCGAGAGAGUCGGCUGUGGCAAUGCGGCGAGUGCUGGUUCGCUUACAACUCGUGGUCGUCCAGAGCCUGCGACGUGUGCCGGAGCCCUAGGCCUCCACACGCCUCUGUUACAUUACACGCACAUUCCUCUAAUAAUCCGUCGCGGUCGGUGAACCCCUCCGACCCCAGCACUAGCGGCACAGCUGCAGAAGCGAGUCACUCGGAUGUACCUAAGAAGCUGACGGUGCCGAUAGCGUCCCUGGACCACGACCUCAACAGUGACGAGCUGCUGUUCGCUGUCGAGUCGGCGGGUGUCAGCGGCGGCGGGGGGCCGGGCGGGGGGCAGGGCGGGGCGUGGCCGUGCGGGCGCUGCACGCUGCUUAACGAGUCCCAUGCCGCCGCGUGCGCCGCCUGCGCUGCCAGCAGGCCGCCGCCCGCAGACUGCUGGUCUUGCAGCUCGUGCACCCUCCGCAAUCCGGCGUCCGCCGCGCUGUGCCUUGCCUGCAAGACGCCGCCCGUACCCAGGCACGCAACGACCUCGGCUGAUGUCCACGGGCCCGUUGGUCGAAGUCCGUCUCCGCGACGGAACAAGCCCACGCCGGCGCUGCCCAGACGGGGGUCAAGGCACAAAACGCCACCACCGGAGCCCAAGGCGGAGUGCUCGGAGUGGUCGUGUACGGAGUGCACGUACAUGAACGCGAGCGCGGCCGCGUGCUGCGACAUGUGCACCAGCCCCCGCCUGCCGCCCCCCGACCGCGCGCCCCCCGAGGACCCGCUCUCGCCUGAGGGCGCGGAGGGUGCGUGGCAGGGCGGCGAGGGAGGGGAGGUGGAGUUGCUGCAGGACGACGGGGACGCGUGGGCGCAGUGGCAGGACGUGCUCGCGCAGUGCGCCGCGACGGGGGAGCCGUACGUGGACCCCAUGUUCCCCGCGAGCCCGCGCUCGCUGUACUACGCGGGGUCCUGCGGGAGCGGCACCAGGUGGCUGCGGCCCCGGCAGCUGCACGUGGACGCCGACCCCCGCCUGCCCUGGGCGGUGUUCCGGGACCCGCGCCCCUCCGACAUCUCGCAAGGCGUGCUGGGGAACUGCUGGCUGCUGUCGGCCCUGGCGGUGCUAGCGGAGAGGUCGUCGCUGGUCCGCGGGGUGCUGCUGCGCGCGGAGCCCAGCAUCGGCGCCUACCAGCUGCGGCUCUGCAAGGACGGCCGCUGGAGGACCCUCACCCUGGACGACUUGCUGCCGGCCAACAAAAAGGGACACCUCGUCUAUUCGCAGGCGAAAAGGAAACAGCUGUGGGUGCCGCUGAUAGAGAAGGCGGUGGCCAAGCUGCACGGGUGCUACGAGGCGCUGGUCUCCGGGAGGGCCAUCGAAGGUCUGUGCACGCUGACGGGCGCGGCGUGCGAGUCCGUGUCGCUGCAGGCCGGCGCCGCGCCCCUCGAGCAGCUGGACCGGGACCUGGUGUGGGCGCAGCUGCUGUCCUCGCGCCAGGCCUGCUUCCUCAUGGGCGCCAGCUGCGGCGGCGGCAACAUGAAGGUGGACGAGGAAGAGUACCAGCGGCUAGGGCUUCGCCCCCGGCACGCGUACUCCGUGCUGGACGUGGUGGAGGCCGGCGGGGCCCGGCUGCUGCGGCUGCGCAACCCCUGGGGGCACUACACGUGGCGCGGCGCCUGCCCCCCGCCGCCGCCGCCCCCGCACCCCGCGCCGCCCCCGCACCACGACCGGGACCACGGCGUCUUCUGGAUCAGCUUCGACGACGUGCUCAAGUACUUCGACUGCAUCGACAUCUGCAAGGUCCGCUCCGGGUGGCAUGAGGUCCGCCUGGCCGGGAUCCUGCCCCCCAUGUCCUCCACGCGCCACCUCACGUGCCUGCUGCUGACCGCGGACCAGCCCACCGAGCUCGACCUCACGCUGUUCCAGGAAGGCCAGAGGAACUCUGCAAAAAGCCAGCGGUCCCAGCUGGACCUGUGCGUGGUGGUGUUCCGCACCAGGUCGGGCCCCACCGCGCAGGUCGGCAAGCUGGUCGCGCACAGCAAGCGACAGGUGCGCGGCUUCGUGGGAUGCCACAAGAUGCUGGAGAAGGGCUGGUACCUGGUGGUGUGCCUCGCCUUCAACCACUGGCACACGGGGCUGGAGGCGGCGGGCGGCGCCGACUGGCCGCGCCACGUGCUCGCCGCGCACGCCUCCAAGCCGCUGCGGCUGCGGCGCCCCCGGCCUCCGCCCCACCUGCUCGCCGACGCCAUCAUCGGCCUCACGCUGGCGCGCGGGCAGCGCCACGAGGGCCGCCAGGGCAUGACCGCGUACUAUCUCACCAAGGGCUGGGCCGGGCUGGUGGUGAUGGUGGAGAACAGGCACGCGGACAAGUGGAUCCACGUGAAGUGCGACUGCCAGGAGAGCUACAACGUGGUGUCCACGCGCGGGGAGCUCAAGACCAUCGACUCGGUGCCGCCGCUGCACAGACAAGUGAUAAUAGUGCUCACGCAGCUGGAAGGCAGCGGCGGCUUCUCCAUAGCGCACCGGCUGACGCACCGCCUGGCCGCGGGGGGCAGGCUGUCCGAGUGGGCCUCCGCCCCCCACCGGCCCCCGCUGGCGCCCCCGCUGCGGGGACUACACGCUCCCAGGCUCAUCGGGUAACCGCUCGACGAACAAUAGUUAUCGGUUUCAAAGAAUACCGGCGACGACCCUGCAGUCUUCAGUUGGUUCUAGACCCAUUCGCGUUCUCCACAUUUACCUGAACUCACAACUGUGUGUAUUAUGUGAACGACUUAGUCUGUUGUUAACAAUGAUAAUAUUUAGUUUUGUAAUUCGACAAUUGAUAUUAGGCCCCCUUUUUUACACGUUUUAGCAGAUCAUGUAGACACGCGCACUCCUUAGGAAUCUCAAUGCGGCGCUAUGUGUUGAGGACAGAAUAGCUUUCUUUAUUUACUCAUAUCAAGAACUUGCACGACGAUGCGAGACAACAGCCCGCCCCCCGACGUGACCCCCUGGUCCCCCGGUGGGGGGAGCGGGGGGGGUCGAUGUCCGGUUGCGGAAACUAUUUGUGUAUUUUCCGAGCUGGUGUCGCGGUGACGUCACGGACACGAGCCGAGUACCGUCAACAAAAACGACUCGCAUCCGAAGAAUGCGAUUCUCAAAAAAUUUUGCGAUCAACAAAUUUUGCUGAUUGACAAAAUAAGAUAUUAGACAUAAGUUGUAGUUUCAUGUUAAUUGUACAAACAAAAAUACUUUUUUUUUUAAUAUAUAUAUAUAUAUUUUUUUUCCUUUUUAGAGACACACUAGUAUAUUUAAUAAUUACAGUACCUAUGUAGGGUAGUCGAUAAUUUUAGUCUUUACAAUAUAUACGUGCGAAUCACCGGGAAACAACACUAAACAUAUAAUUUUACACGUUGGUACAAAAUAAAAUGUAAAAAAUUUAAAAAAAAAGCUGCCGAUUUUGAAUGUUUGGUUUUAAAUAGAUUGAAUUCGUUAGACGGUUCGGUGUUUGUUCGUUGAUAAUGCGCGCGUCCACAGACGAUAGAACACAAUAUGCGACAGACGAUGUUUUUAUAAAUCUCGAUUAAGACGAAAAUCUUAGUUUAUUUUUGACUGACUCGGUGGUGCUGUAGUUAGCGGCCCUGACUGUUGCGCCCAGGGUCGCAGGUUCGAUUCCCGCGUCAGGCAAACUAUUAUCUAUAUUAUUCUAUAUAUUUGUAUAUUUAAACGUAUAUAAGUGCGUAUGUCAGUCUCUGGUACCCAUAAACUAGGAAGUCCUAAUUUGGGGGCGGAUGACCGCGCGUUAUUUAUUCAUAGUUAUAUAUUUAUUAUUGUUUAUUAUUUUCCGAUUUUUGUUUUUUUCUAGUGCAUGGAUGGACGAACUCACAGCCCACCUGGUGUUAAGUGGUUACCGGAGCCCAUAGACAUCUACAACGUAACUGCGGCACACCCACUUUAAGAUAUAAGUUUUAGAACUACCCUCCAAAAUGAAACGCAUUACUGCUUCACGGCAGAAAUAGGCAAGGCGGUGGUACCUACCCGCGCGGACUCACAAGAGAUCCUACCACCAGUCGAUUUUGUAUUCGAGUCGGUGCUCAAACAAAAUUAUUUUGACAUAAAAUCAUCAAAUUGUAACGCGAGCGAAUUAGCGCGAUUGUGCGGCAAAAGUAACUGUUGACCGUCGUAACUACGGUAGGCGGUGGCUUGGCUCUGCCCCUGACAUUGCUGGAGUCCAUGGGCGAUGGUAACCACUCACCAUCAGGUGGGCCGUACGCUCGUAUGCCUACAAGGGCAUUAAAAAAAAUUAUGCAUUUUUUCCUACCUAUUCUAGUAACCUCGGUGGGUUAUUCUAGAUUCAUCGAGCUAGUAGGUGAGCUCACGGGGCUCAAACCGGAGUGUUUCUAACACCAGCCCUAGCAAGAGCCGUGCGCCGCAGAAUUUACCACGGAUCGGAAACGCGACCCACUGAGAAGAUCCGACGAGAAACUCAGUGGGCUGUGUCUGUGGGUUAAUUUACUCGCCGAGCCCUUCGUCGCAAGCGACGGGUUCGGUGAGGACGGUGACCGGUGCUUGAAGUACCUAGAAGCACCGUUAAUGGAUCGCGAGGAUCCGAAAUUACGUGAUCAUUAAAAACUGAAGAUACUCUGAUUUUAAAUGACAAUUAUUUUAAUGAUAAGAUACAAUUUAAUUAAUUUUGACUUUAUGAUAUUGUGUGACCAUGUCGCGAUAGACACUUCAAGUAAAUACUCAAGAUAAACAUCAUAACGAGGGGGUGAAAGGCUAUUUGGUUUAAGCGACAUUUCGCUUAAUACGCUACAUUUAUCUUCACUACAUAGUAUAAAACAAAGUCGCUUUCUCUGUCCCUAUAUCCCUAUGUGUGCUUAAAUCUUUAAAACUACGCAACGGAUUUUGAUGCGGUUUUUUGACGUGACAACGUCUUAUAAUUCGAUGGAGCCGGCUGCGCGCAUGAAAAAACAUGACUCAUGCGGCGUUACCUCGCUCUGAGGUAACGCCGCAUGGUAACGCUCGUCAAUUGUUUAUAGCAACGAUAAUUGCGGUAAUGAUUCUUUCGAUAUUAAAUAUAUGUGCAGUGAUAUAUUGUCGAAUAUUCGUGCUUUCAUCAUUAAAAUAAAUAGCACCGGUCCGCUAGUACAGCGAUUGUAGGUUAUGCUAUAAUUGACAAAACAUUUCAUCAGUAUUUUCUUAUGACGUUGUCACGUUCAACUAUCAGUAAACCGACUUUACAGACAACCGAUUUUUUUAAUAGAUAGAGUGAUUGAAGACGAAUGUUUAUAUGUAUAAUAACAUCCAUUAAAUAGUGGAGAAAUCAAUAAUAAAUUACAGUUUCCGAAGCGAAGCGAGGGCGGGUCGCUAGUUGUAAAUAAAGGUGCGUUUUAUUUGGUAUUAGCAUCGACAUUUCGAUGUUUUUAAUUGAACUUUAUAACGCGCACAUCCCUAUUUGUUCUCGUGGGUCUCGGAGGGGCAUGCAUGCGGGCGGACGGGCAGCUUCACACGCACGAAACUUCGAGAAAGGAGUCAGUCCUACAGUCGAUAUAACACCAUUGAACUAUACCUUACAUGGACAUCAUUAAAACUAUACACCUUAAACUGGGAUAGUUUUUUAAUUCGUUAUAACUUCAAUUAAGUUUCCUUAAUUAAAUAGCUUUUUGUUUUUUUUUUCCAAGUUUUAAACUUUAAAUGGCUCUCCUGUAAAGUUGCAAAAAUGUCGCCUAAACAAAAAAGCCUCUCACUCGUCGAUAAGUAGGUAAUACAUGUAUUUUUUUUUAAAUAUAUUUUACUGUCUUGGAAACAAAGUCCUUUAAGCCAAAUCCGUAUUUCGGUUUCUUUAGUAAAUGAAUAACAUGUCUACGGCACAGACUUUGCGAUUGUUGAGUGUUGCCAGACUACAACCACUCCACGCGCACAGACUUUCACGCAAUAUUUCAAGAGAUUAUUUCUUAAAAAUUUUAAACGAAAAUCACUCGUCUAUUAUUAUUGUUACAAUUAUUUUAGUUAUAAUGUAAGUGAUAUCACCGGAUCUUGCCAUUGUUUGCUUUAACAACGAUUGUUUAAGUUAAUUAAUUAUAAUUUUUUUUGUAUAGUUUAGCUUCGAAUAGUUAAUUAUGAAGAUAAAUUAUAUUAUGUAUUAUCUCAGUUCCGUUCGUCGCUAAAAAGAUUACGUAUUGUUUAAUUAUAGAUGUAUUUCGUUUUAAAAUACGAUAAUGCUAUUAAAUGAUAUUAUAUUUAAAUCGAUACACUGCUAAUCUUCAUUUUUAUCCUUGGAUGACACUGAAGUCAAACACCUUAACACUUGCUGUGGUCCUCCCACCGAUCUUUGAUACUUUGAAAUUGCUCCACGCACAUUUUGACAGAAAUUUUGUUUACUUAGAUUCCAAUUGCUAACUUUUUUUUUAAUUCGCAUACUUAAUGUAUUAUUUAUUAUGUACAAAGUUUUUAUUCUCGAAUUUUUAUGAAUUUCGGUGAGUACUGAAAACCACGGGCCUAGGCCAAGUGGAGUUUAUUUUCAGUUUUAAUUUCGUCUGAUGUUUCGUCCUGCAAAAACCUUCCGAACAAUCCGGCACGUUUUUAAAAUUGUGGCUUUUUGCAUUGUAAAAAAAUAUUUUUGGGUAAAUCUAAUAGCUUGAUGGUGAAGGUGCUUUGGUAUGACUCCAAAAGUAUUAUUUAUUAUUAUUAUAAAUAUAUUAGAAGGAGUAAUGACGAACGUGACUCUGAUAGUUCAUUAGUAAGAGAGUUGUUGUAUCUUAAAGUACUUAAUCGUACAUUAAUGGCCUAGUCUAGACCAGUGAUGGGUAAAGUGCGGCCCGGAAGUAUUUAAUCCGGCCCGCCGAGAGUCCAUCCAUCUUAAAUAUUCUAGUCACCAUUUUGGCGCGUAAAAUAAAAUCUGACGUUUAUAAUUGAAAAUCUUGGAAUUUUUAAUGAAAGCUGCAAUUCGUCAGGGGUGUUUUGAGCGUUCAUUAUAUCAUAGUUAACUUGCCAUCAUUAUAAGUAUCUCGGCAGUCUGUCACAGGUAUUAGUUUAUUUAUUGGGAAAAUGCCAUUCUUAUCACCUAUCUAUCACACGCCUCACGUCUCACACGCCUAAAAAGGCGUAAAAAUAAAAGGUCUUUUGUUUAUCAAAAAGCUUUAAUAUAUAGACUUUGUAGCCCGCCAUUAAAAAUGUUUGCCCACCACUGGUCUAGACUAAUUACGUGCAAUACAUGACAUUAAUAUUAGUUCGUUUUGAUUCAGUAUGUUUGUUUGUGUGUGUACCGUCGACAGCACAACAUUGUAUUACUGUAUCGUUAUUUAAUAAUAUUGGUUUUUUUUUAAAGAAAAGUAAGUGCAUUUUUAUAACCUAAUUCUGUAUCUGAUGUAUACAAAUGUAUGUCUGUUUGUUUAUGUUGGACCACGUUUGUAUUUCGUUUAUGGGAUGUAGUUGAAGCUGGAUACAGUGGCGGCCAUGGCGACCGUACACUGCAGUGUAGCGAUGUGACAGCGGAUCGCGACACGACACUAGUCGUCACAUUUACACUCGGUUUUGUUUGAGCUUAUGCGAGUAUUUAUUUAUUUUUUAGUUAUAUUAGUACUGAAAAUAAGUUACACAUAUUUUUCGAAAGUUGCUGAAGGAUUUUUGAAAAAACUUGAAAGAAUAUGGCUAUUUAUAAAUGUUAUUAUCUUAUUAAAAGUGUUGUACGUGCGCGCGCUAAGACACAUCCGUACAGGUCGAUACUUAAUAUCUAUAAUCGAACUGCGUAAUAGUCGGUAUUCCGACGCUCCGCACGCUUUAAUUGAGAGUCAAUCUAUCGACGGUUCGCGCUCGGCUACUAAAUAAAUAUAUACUCGCACGGUUCGAAGGAUGAGACACGAGAGUUCGACCUCAUGCCUCAAGACGGGCGACGGCGUUUACCUUCUGAUGUCUAUGGGCUCUUGAGACCCUUACACCCGAGCUAGGUCUAUAUUUAAUGAAACCAAUUCAUUCCGUUGUAAUGUUGUAAUUAUUUAAGUUGUCGGAGCAUGUGUAGCGCGCGCUAUAUUCCGCCGGUACUACAUCAUAAAAACACAUUCGUAUGUAAAUAAAAUUAUGCAAUAAAAAUUUUUUUCUACCUAUGCUGAUAGCCUUGAGAGGCUAUAUCAGCGUUACCCUUGCGUGUAAGUGAGCUCUCGGGGCUCAAACCGGAGUGUUGCUAUAGCAAGAGCAGUGCUUCGUAGAAUCUAGCACCGGAUCGGAAACGCGACCCACUGAGAAGAUCCGGCGAGAAACUCAGUGGACUGUGUAUGUGGGUGUAAUUGAUUAAAGAUGUACUUUUACACACAAUUAAAACUGACCUAAAAUCACAAUUAUGUUUUAAGAAUUAUUAUUUUUGUAAUCUAAAAAGUCGAAUGUUGAUUAUUAUCAUCUGUGACAGGCGAAUGAAAAAUCUUCACUGUUAAUUUAGAGAAGCAUUUCGAUACAAAUUCACAACUAGCAACAUUAAGAAUGUUAAGGCUUUAUGGCAACACCGACAAUUAUUUUUGAGAAAUGUAUUUUCGACGCUAACGUGCCAUGGGGUACUUUUGGAUGUAAAUUUAUUGAUGAAAUAAGUGUAUUUAAUUUAAUUUUUUUGUUUUAUUUUAAUUCACAACUCCCCGUGCGAAAAAUCGGCACGGAUUUUACGGCAGUUCUCUAAAAACAUCUGUAUAUCUGAAUCUUUUGUCUACAUACUGACUAUAUAUAGUCUGCAUACUGUUUGUAUUACCUGUGUACAUUAUUUGUUUCGGUAACCAUAGCAACGCGCCACAGAUCACGAAACGCCAAGGGAACUGUCGCAAACAAAUUCUAGACGCUUUGUUAAUCUGUAAUAGUUUUAAACGCACCGAUUCUAAAACUUUUGGUAAGCCAGUGCGCAAACAAACAUGUUUGAUAAAUGUUUUAUAAACCACAUCGUAUAAUUAGUUUAUGCGUAAUGUAAUGUAAACGUAGGGACGGCUUAGGCAUUAAGGACGAGCGGCCGAGUUAUUAUGAGUAAUUAUGUACGUAUUAAGGAAAUACAGUUAUUUAAAUUUGA